AUGUUCCCGGGAAAUUCCUGUUCAUCGCCGACACUUUGUCAAGAAGAAGAAAGAGAACAACGGGAACUUAAUGAUGACAUUGAAGUAAUGGUGCACAGCAUGGUUACAGCAAUACCAGCAUCUCCUGAGAAAAUGGUAGCGCUUAAGGAAGAAACAGCGAAUGAUGAAACGCUACAACAACUUAAACAGCAGAUGGUUCAAGGUUGGCCUGAUCGCAAGCAUGAAAUCCCGCAAAACUUAGCUACCUACUGGAACAUUUGCCAUGAGCUGAGUGAAGCAGAAGGUCUGAUCUUCACAAAGACCACCAGUUAG